AGAAAUGUCGACUUGCAUCAAGUAAAUGCUAUUGUAUAAGUGUGAUGAUGAGAAAUUGAAAGUGCCUAGAUUUUAAUAUAAAAAAAUAUUGGCAUUGAAAUUAAAAAAUUAUUUUUGGCAACGAAAAUAUACACAGUUUUAUUUUUAAACUGAUUAUCAACAUAUCAAAAGAAAAACACAACGAAAUUGAAAAAAUUUUUUGUAUAUAAACGUGAAAAUACUGUGAAAAAACUUUUGUGAGUUUGACCAUUGCAGCCAGCAGUCAGUUGUGUGUUUUUAAGAAAAUAUUAUUUCAACAAUACAAAAAUGCCUAAUAUUGUAAAUGAAUUAAAAUUAGAUUUUAAGGAUGUAUUAUUACGACCAAAAAGAUCCACCUUAAAAAGUCGUAGUGAGGUGAAUUUAGAGCGAGAAAUUACAUUCAAAAAUAGUAGAAGGACCUACAAAGGUAUACCAAUAAUGGCCUCAAAUAUGGAUACAAUUGGAACAUUUGAAAUGGCACGAGAUUUAUCUAAACAUGGUUUAUUUACAACUGUCCAUAAAUACUAUACGCCAGAACAAUGGAAAACUUUUGCCGCACAAAAUCCCGAUUGUUUAAAAAAUAUUGCAGCUAGUGCCGGAUCAUCACAGGGCGAUUUUGAACGUCUAAGUGAAAUAUUAAAAUCUGUACCAGAAAUUACAUUCAUUUGUUUAGAUGUAGCUAACGGUUAUUCACAACAUUUUGUGGAAAUGGUUCGUAAAGUUCGAGCCGCAUUUCCAACACAUACGAUUAUUGCCGGAAAUGUGGUGACUGGAGAAAUGGUUGAAGAAUUAAUAUUAUCUGGAGCUGAUAUUAUAAAAGUAGGAAUUGGACCAGGAUCAGUUUGUACAACUCGAUUGAAAACCGGAGUAGGUUAUCCACAAUUAUCAGCCGUUUUAGAAUGUGCAGAUGCUGCACAUGGAUUACAAGGACAUAUUAUAUCCGAUGGGGGUUGUACGUGUCCGGGUGAUAUUGCUAAAGCAUUCGCCGGAGGUGCUGAUUUUGUUAUGGCUGGUGGAAUGUUUUCUGGACAUGAUCAAUGUGCAGGCGAUCUUAUUGAAAAGAAUGGAAAGAAAUAUAAAUUGUUCUAUGGAAUGUCCUCUCAUGUAGCUAUGGAAAAAUAUGCAGGUGGUGUAGCCGAAUAUAGAUCGUCUGAAGGUAAAGUGGUUGAAGUACCUUAUAAAGGGGAUGUUGAAUCGACAAUUUUAGAUAUGUUAGGCGGUUUACGAAGUGCAUGUACUUAUGUAGGGGCUUCCAAAUUAAAAGAACUUACCCGACGAGCAACAUUUAUUCGUUGCACACAACAAUUAAACAAUGUAUAUAGUACAUAAUUUUUAUUUUUAAGUAGACAAUUUUAAUUUAUUUAAUAUAUUUUAGAUACAAAUAAAUAGCUUUUUCAGAAGCUACUUACGAUUCGCGCACAAUUUCGUUUAAUUUAAAAAAAAAAGACAGUAUUUUAUUUGUUUAAAUAAAUU